AUGGCGAACCUCUCGGUGGCGCCGCAGCUGUCAGCGCUGCAGCUGCGCUCCUCCAUGCGCUCCAACUGCCGCGGCGGCUCGCCCUCCCAGGCCUUCGCCUUCCUCCUCAAAGCCUCCCGCUCAGGGAAGGCACGGCCUGCAUCACGGAGCCGUGGGGGUGGGGCCCGCAGCAACAGCAGCAAGGCGGCGGUGGCCUGGAGGGGGCAACAGAAGAGGCGCCUUUUGUGGAGGCGGCUCAAAGGAGGUGGGGGGCGCAGCAGCAGCAAGGCGCUGGCAUGGAGGGGGAUUAAUGCGAAUGCGAAGAAGCAAGAGAAGAGCCGUCUGUGCUUGUCUCCGUUCGCACCCCUCUCCAAGCUGCUUGGUAUCAGCUGCGAUGGGAAGGAUGUCGUUAUGCAGCAGGCACUGACAGGCGACUUCUACAUCAGGGGAUUCGAGUCCACGGCGUUCUACGGCUGGUUUGGCCUCGUGCUGGCCGUGCAGCGGCAGCCGGUGGUGGUGCACAUAGAGGCAACGGCGACCUCUUUUAGAGCUUACGAUGGGCUGUCCAAGUACCAGGACCCAGCGUGCUUCACGUACAACCUGAACCACGUGGUGCUGCUGGUGGGGUACCGCCUGGUGGGCAAGGACUCGCGCUUCCCCAACAUGGCACCGCCUUAUUGGAUCAUCCGCAACUCAUGGGGACCUGACUGGGGCGAUGGGGGCCACAUGCGCAUGGACAUCCAGGGGGGGGAUGGCGUCUGCGGCAUCAACACACUGCCGGGAAUCUACCCAAUCAUUAGAGCACCAAUGGAUCCAUGCUAUAAAAAAGCCAGGAGCGACGCGUCAGGGUCGCUGUUCAACCCGUGCGGCAGCUUCAGCUGUUCUGUGGAGGGCACCACCAACCGCUGCGACUGCACCGACCCCCGCUUCAUUGAAGCCACCAAUGCUGACGGCUCCCGCACCUGCGCCUAUGUGGACAUGUGUGGGGCGUUGGCUCGCAACCCGUGUGCGGUGGGCACGUGUGUUAAUGACGGGGCGGGGUCGUACUCGUGUGUGUGUCCACCGGGCUUCAGGCAGGGCACCACCGUCGAUGGCACCUUCUCCUGUGCUCCAGGAGACACGCGGUCGCAGUACACGGUGAUGGCGCCCAACGUCUUCUGCUCAGACAUCUACCCCGUCUACGGCCUCACCCGUGACGACUUCACCAAGCUCAAUCCCACUGUGAGCUGCAUCGAGCCCCUGCCAGUAGGCCUGGUGCUCAAUGUCGUGCCCAAGUCCGGACUCGACCCCUGCACCGUCUACUACACCACUGGCCCGGGCGACACGUGCCAGUCCAUAGGAGAGUACUUCAACCUCAACGACUGUCGCAGCAAGGACCCCUCCUGCGCCACGGUCAUGCAGGAUCUCAACCCGGGCCUCACCUGCUUCGGCGGCAUGGAGGUGCAGCCGAACCUGGCGGUGUGUGUGGAGCGGUGGGCAGGGGCGGCAGGGAAGGGGGGGCAGGUGAUACCGGUGUGCUCGCAGUACUACCUGGUGCAGACCGCCGAGACCUGCGAUGCCAUUCGCUCCGUGCCCUCCCCGCCUCUCUCCCCGCUCGACUUCUUCCGCCUCAACCCCGGCAUCAAGUGCAACCGCCUCGUGCCGAGUACUGCAGACCUGGACCUGCACACGGGCUUUGAGGCGUGCAUACAGGUGGCGGGUGAGUACACGGUGGGGAUCUGCCCAAAGAGCAAGGGGCUCACAGCAAGCGGGAGCGACCGCUGCAGCUUCAUCCAGAUAAAAUACUUCAGGGGCAUUCGAGGAUGCUACAAGCGCAUCAAUGGAUACGAGUGCGUCGAUAAGAUACCCUCAGGCGCCAAAAUCUGUCUGCCAGACCAAACCAAGAUUCGCCAAGGAAUCUGCACAAUAUAA